CAAACACCUUCCUGCCUCGACUGACUCCUGCCAAAAAAAGGAAAAAACUUUUUUCAUCCUCACAAGAGAGCGGCAGACAAAGUUUUGGGGCUUUGUCAGCAGCUUCAAUGGGAGAAAUGACGGAGCAAAAGAAGCUUUCAGAAGUUAUUCAGCAGAUAUUACAAGAGGCUCCAGCUGCCAGGAAGGAUCUUGUUGAUAAUCACAGCAACCUCCUCCGAGUGGCUGAGUACUGCGAAAACAAUUAUCUUCAGGCAGAGGAUCCACACAAGGCUGCAGAAGAGGCGAAAGCUUUGGCCGCCCAGGCUCUGGCCAGUGUCACCUACCAGAUCAACAGUGUGGCCAGCACCCUGCUGAGGCUGCUGGACUCACAGGCCAUGCAGAUCAAAGACAUGGAGUCCUCUGUGAACCUGCUGUCGCUGGCUGUUGCCAUCCACUUUGAGAAGGUGGCCAGGAGAGAGAUUGGUGUUUUCACUACUCCCAAAGACAGGGCUCGUUCCAAGCUUAUGACCCCACCGGCCUCGGGCAGGGAGCCAGAGGAAGGCUACUCAAGAAUGCCAAUAUCAUACUCCGCCUUGGACGCUGUCGGACACUGUUUUUGGGUCACUGAGCAGCAGUCCAGAAAGAGAGCAGACACCACAGAGAGCAUACAGAGCACUGCAGACACUUCUGUAUCCAAUCUCGGCAUUGCUGUGCCUCCACCCUCAGUGCCCACCUUGCAAACCGCCACCGACCCCACCAACAGCAGCCUUCCUCCUCCCCCUCCUCCCGUUGCGGAUUUGGACCCCAACCUACCUGCUCCUCCUCCCCCGCCGCCACCUCCCUGCUCCUCCAUGAACACUGGUCUUCCCCCUCCACCCUCCAUGUCCUCGCCUACCAGUUUUCCCUCACCUCCCCCUCCACCAACUCUCAGUCCAUCCAGCAGCAUGUACCCGCCGCCGCCGCCUCCUCUCGUGGCCGGGGGUGCCCCACUUCCUCCUCCACCUCCACCAAUGUCAGGUGCUUGUCCUCCUCCACCUCCACCAAUGUCAGGAGCUGUGCCCCCUCCUCCUCCUCCUCCACCACCUCCCAACACUGGCACCUCUGGUGGUGUGCCCCCACCUCCUCCACCUCCUCCUCCACCUCCCUCUUAAUAAUGUUAUAGUUGGUAUUGCUGGGUUAUUUUAUUCUUGCUAUAGUACCUCAGAUUUCUUUUCUAACUCAGAGUUAUUUACAAGCUGUGAUCAGGGAUUGAUGUGUAAAACAUGAGCAGCAUGAGAAAUAUUUUCAGGUCAGUUGUAAGAUCACCAUUAAGCAUUAAUAAAAGCUGGAAGAAGUGUGUGUAACUUUGAGAGCAUGAACCUGAAAUGAUUUUUUUUUUUUUUUCUGGGACAGAAAAUCCUUCAGAGUUAAAUCUGUAGCUGCUGCAGAGAUUCUUCCAACAUGUUCCAACAGCACCUGGACUGCAUUCCUAAAAAACAAGCUCAAACAGGGAGUCAUGUGCGUCCCUGUCAAUUUCUGCUUUCCUGUAAUGCGAUUUUUCUUCCUUAAUAUGUCUUUGUGUUUCUGGCUUGUUUGCUAACCAGUGAGUGUCACCUUAAAGUGAACUUUAGCCCGACAGCUGUCAGUCUACGGUACGGUGAGAGCAGUGUCAGCGAUGGUUCAAGAUUUAAGAGUUAACAUUCCGUUUAAGUGUUAUUACACAAGACAAGAUUGUAUACCAAAAAUACAGAUGUAGUCCCUUGAUGCUACUCACUAAAUAAGAAAGCAAAGAGGAAAAAAAGAAA